AACACUAGCGCGCAGCUUGAGUCAGUGAAUAAAGGGACGCGUGCGUAAGAGCAUGUAAAAACUAGACGGUAAAAAAGGAGCGACGUAGUUUAGCCCCAGACAGGUGGAAGUUAAAGUGAGAAGGUUGAACACGAGUUUUCCUGGAUCUGAACAGUGGAUAAAGUGGCUUAUGAAGACAGACCAUCAGAAAUAAAUACUUAGACAUUGUUUUCUGGACAUGUUUUUAUUUCAAUAGAUAGAGAUAGUUGUUUGUACAGAGCAGUGACUAGUGACUAGUGAGUGAGUGUGCCAUUGAGCAAGAUAAUAUUUAAUUAAUGUGAGACCCUGUCUACUUUAAAGAGCCAUCUUUAGUUUAUUCCGCGGUAUCACGUUCCAUACGUUUAUUGAAAAAAUCGACGAGGACGAGUCUUCGAAAAUGUCGGGAGAAAGCGAGAUUCUCUGGUCGAAUCGUUAAUCCCAUUAUUAUUACCAGGAUCUACUACUAAAUAUAUAAAUAUUAUACCUUGUAACAAGUGCUCAUCAACAAUAACAUCAUCUGUAUCAAUAUCAACAUCUUGCUACGCAAAAGGUCUCCAGAACAGUGAUAACACAUCUGGGAUUUAAGUCUUCCGGAUUUUAACGGUUUAGUAUUCAAAAAGCUGCGAUGAGUAAUACAACAAUGGGUGACGUUGAAUCUACAGCUUCUUCAGUGGUGUUUAGCUCGACGAUUGGGACUAUCAGAGAAACCAGCACGAUUGUCAAUGAUAUUGAGCCGACUCCAAUAUUUCUGCAGACACGAGCCGCUCAAGGAAUUUCUGGAGCCUUUGUGUGGCUUGCAUUGUUCCUUACUUGCCAACAGAUUUAUCAGCACCUGAGGUGGUACACAAACCCAACGGAGCAGCGAUGGAUCGUCCGUAUUCUGUUCAUCGUCCCGAUUUACGCGACUCACUCUUGGAUCUCUCUGCUGUUCUUCAACAACGAGAGCUACUACGUGUACUUUUUUACAGUCCGUGACUGCUACGAGGCGUUUGUAAUUUACAAUUUUUUGUCACUGUGCUACGAGUACCUGGGAGGCGAGGGGAACAUCAUGUCGGAGAUCCGAGGCAAGCCGAUACGCUCGAACUGCCUCUACGGCACCUGGUGUCUGGUCGAAAAAACCUACACCAUCGGAUUCCUCCGGUUUUGCAAGCAAGCAACCCUGCAGUUCUGCCUGGUCAAGCCCGUCAUGGCGUUUGUUAUUAUCAUCCUGCAGUCGCUGGGCCACUACAGAGACGGAGACUGGUCUCCGGACGGCGGAUAUAUCUACAUAACUGUUAUUUAUAAUAUCAGCGUCUCACUAGCCCUCUACGGACUCUUUUUGUUUUACUUUGCCACUCGGGACUUGCUUACGCCUUUUGAGCCAGUUCUUAAAUUUUGCACUAUCAAGAGUGUUAUCUUCUUGUCAUUUUGGCAAGGUGUCUUACUUGCCGUCCUGGAAAAAGCUAACGUAAUUUCUCCAGUAAUAGACAAUUUGGGUCAUGCAACUAGCGCUGGUACAGUAUCAGCUGGCUACCAAAACUUUUUGAUCUGUAUAGAAAUGCUUUUCGCGGCAAUAGCUCUGCGUUACGCUUUUCCGUACCAAGUUUAUGCGGCCGGUUGUGUCACCGAUUCCCGAGGCCGCAGUGUCACUAUGCAAAGCAUCAGCAGCAGCUUAAAGGAAACAAUGAACCCCAAGGACAUUAUGACUGACGCCAUCCACAAUUUCCAUCCUCAAUACCAGCAGUAUACACAGUACAGUUCUGACGUCAAUACCAACUUGCCGUACGAAAAGCUGUGAGAAUUUCAGAGCCAAUCGCAUUUUUUAAAUUCAACACUGACAAUAUCAACUUUCAAGAAAUUUUAUUUAUAAAAAUUAUAUUAUUAAAAUAAUAAUUCUUUUUUUUUUUUUUUUAGGAUUCAAUUGGCAUAACACUGAAUAAAAUACUCUGUUUUUUUUUUCUCUGGUGGAUUUUAGUCUACUGUUUUAUACAAUAGAUUUUUUAUUACGGUCGCAGUACUUUUAUUAA